CAUAUCCGUACGUACCUGGUUGUCGCUGUUGUUGUCAAAUCAAAAAGCGAGAGACGGACCGCCAACAUGGGGAGGCGCCGCCACAACGUAUCAAGUCAUGCCUUCCACUGCCCGCCGCUUAGCGAGAAGGUCCGACACGAACUGAUCCUCGAGGCAAAGCUCGCGUGCAAGUUCCUCGUCGUGGAUGCCACCGCGUCCGACGCACUCCCCAUCGAGAACGUCAUCGUGAACGCAAAGACUGGCCGUCAUGCCACGGUUUGUCGUGGCCGAAUAGUUUGAUCCGUCCAACUGACUGCAUGAAAUUGCUCAGGCGCGUCGCAUUCGAGAUCAAGUGGACUCGACACUCGUCGGCACGUCAGCCCAUACACGCGUGAGAGCGACCCUCGAGGACAUUGUCGAGUUUUUUCGCCUCGAUUCGCCGUCCAAAGUCGACGACUACGCACGUGUGAUGGGAGAUACGAUAACAGACAACGUGUCGUUGUACACACUCAUGGAGCCUUCCCCUUGUUUUGCCGGAGAACAACCGACGACGUGGCAACAGACCUACAGCAAUCCUAUGCAUUAUGUCGGCGUGGAGUGGCAGCUGUCCAAGCCCAAGGGGUUUUCGCCGCGGGAUUUUUGCUUCUUGGAUUACCAAGACUCGUUCUUCUUUGUGGAUCAAGUGACGGGCCAGGAGCGGCGCGGGUGGGCGCGAUGUCUGCACUCUGUUGCGUUGGAUUGCUGCCCGGACAUGGAGAAGUCGGCGGGCAUCAUUCGCGCCAAGAUCGUUCGUUCGGGACACGUGUUUAUUGAGUCGACGGACAAGGAGGGGGUAUUGGACUACUACAAAAACUACUACAUCGUUCCCGGUGGCAACUUGCUCAAGCAUUUCCCGACGUUGUACAUGAAAAAGAUGCUGAAGCAAUUUACGACUUCGGUGCUGAAUCUGGAAGAACACUUGAUUCAGCAACGGCUUCGUCCGAUUCUCGAUGUUCCUGUAUCCGCUUUUCAAAGCAAGAAGGACGUGGCGUCAUGCAUGCAUUGCUCCCAAAAGUUCAGCUGGCUCGUCCCCAAGAAACAGUGUCGAAGCUGCGGAGACAUUGCGUGCUCUCGAUGUUGUUCACCGUGGCAAUUCCAUCUUGACAGCACGUCGUAUGUGAAGGUUGACUUGUGCCAGCGAUGCAUCUUGGAUGAAGCCGAAUUGCCCACUGCAUUUUCCGCACGAACGUCGCGAACUACAUCGAGGUCGUCGCGAGUGCACAGUGCGCACAAUCGAUCCCAUCAUGGCCACAGAUCUCACUACUCCGACGACAUUCGUGCCAGUGACGGGCACAACUAUCGAGUGCGACCGUCGCAAUUUUCUCAUUAUGUUCACCCCCGCGACACCAGCCAUGGACAACCGAGUGUGAUCAUGCUGGGUGGGCCGGCCGACAGCUAUCAGUACAAUCCUUUCCACCAACGCGAUGCCGCCCCUUGUGGCAGCAACUCACCCGAUUCGCUCGACAGUGAUGACAUUCACGUCAUUUCCCCCACAGAAUUACGUGGGUCGCAGAUGACGUUGGUGUCGUCGGCGCGAGAUGUCCUCCUGACCUUUCACUCAGACUCGUCAUCAAUAUACCUAUGAUGAAUCUGGCCGA